GUGUGCGGCAGUUGGAAUAAACUAUUGAAGGUAACGGACGUGCGUUUAAUUUAACAGUGGCGAACGCGGAAAAAAAAAAAGUGAACUUGUUGUUUUGGACGGAUUGCAGUAAACUUAAGUUGUGCAUAAAAUGUCGGUUGGACAAAUGCGCGAGUUUGACGUGAGAUCGGGUAACUGGUCAAGUUACGUGGAAAGACUCGAAAUGUACUUUAUAGUAAACAAAGUGGUGGAUGAAUUUAAACUACCGACGUUAAUUUCGGUUAUGGGAGAGGAAGCUUACGACUUAUUAUCUACACUGGCCAGUCCUCAGAAACCGUCUGUGUUGACCUUUAGACGAGCAGUGGAGCUAUUAUCUGCUCAUCUUCAGCCAAAACCGUCAGUACUGGCCGAACGGUAUAAGUUUCGGCAACGGCGGCAGCUUGUUGAUGAAACAAUUGCUGAUUACGUCACAGAAUUAAAAAAGUUAUCGAAAUACUGUGAAUUCAAUUCCACAUUAGACGAAAACCUUCGGGAUCAGUUGGUUUGUGGUUUGAAAAGCGAAGUAAUUAGACAGCGCUUAUUCUCAGAGGAAGGUAUAACUUAUAAUCGGGCGAUAGCUUUGGCAUUAUCGUUGGAAGCCGCCGAACGCGAUGCAAGUGCGGUGGAACGACCGGAAAUAACGGAAGGAGUACAUAAGUUGUCCUUAGAGGAAUGUCCAAAAUGCGGAGACAAAAGACAUAAGGCUAUAAAUUGUGUCUACAAGGAUUACGUGUGCAGUUGGUGUCAUGAGAUCGGCCACUUAAGAAGGAUGUGUCCUAAAAAACAAGCACAAACGGCGGAAUCAGCCGGUGGUUAUCAUAAUACUCGAUCACGCGGCGGGCGCAUGGGCGCAGGGCGCGGAGCCGGGCGGGCCCGCGGAUGGCGCGGCGCGCGCGGGCAGCGCGGGGCAGCGCGGGGGAGUCAGCAGCGGACCCCUCUACACCUGAUGAGCGAGCAGGACGGCGACUACGAUAACGAAGUUCAUGAAGAGGACUCCAGCGAAAAUAUGUAUCAAAUGUCAUUAAGUAACUAUAAGCCGGCAUAGAACCCUGUUCGACGGCACACUGGGAAAGUACACGGGAGGCUCGGCCGAGCUGUGUGUGCGCGAGGGCGCGCAGCCCAUUUUUUGCCGCGCGCGGCCGCUCCCGUACGCGCUGCGCGAGCGCGUCGACGCGGAGCUCGACUCGAUGCUGAGCGCCGGCGUCAUUGAGCCGGUGGAGCACUCGGACUGGGCCACGCCACUGGUCGUAGUACGCAAGCCAGAUGGUGGGUUAAGACUUUGUGCGGAUUUUAAGGUAACUCUUAACAAAGUUUUAGAAGUUGAUCGAUUUCCGGUUCCAAAAGUGGAGGAUUUAUUUAGUGAUCUCAGCGGAAACAAUUUUUUUACCAAGCUAGACCUAUCGCAAGCCUAUAAUCAGGUUUUAUUAUCAGAAUGCUCAAAAAAAUUCACCGUAAUUAAUACACAUAGAGGAUUAUAUAAAUAUAAUCGCCUAGUUUACGGGUUAUCUUCUAGCCCGGGUAUCUUUCAAAAAAUUAUGAUGGAUAUGUUUAAAAACGUUAAAAAUGUUGUUGUUUUCUAUGACGAUAUUCUGAUCAGAAAUUCUAAUUUGGACUGUCAUUUAAAAACGAUAAAACAAGUACUCGAUAUUUUGGAGCAAAACGGGUUAAAAAUAAAAAAAAAUAAAUGCAGUUUUCUGGCAAAAGAAGUAAAAUAUUUAGGAUUUAUUAUUGAUCGAAACGGCGUCCGAGUAGACCCGGAAAAAGUGGAAGCAAUCACCUGUAUGCCCCACCCUAAUAAUGUCAGUGAAUUAAAAUCGUUUAUUGGAAUGGUAAUUUUUUAUGGUAAAUUUAUAAAAAAUUUAAGCGUGCAUUUAUCACCACUUUAUGCAUUAUUAAAAAAAGGCAAACACUGGAGGUGGGGAACAGAACAAAACACAGCUUUUAUUAAUGUAAAAAAACUAUUGUGUAGUACCACGGCUUUAGCACAUUUUGACAUGAAAUGCGAGUCCAUAUUAACUGUGGACGCGAGCGCGAAGGGCCUCGGCGCGGUGCUGGCGCAGCGCGCGCCCGACGCCGGCGCUCCCGAGCGGGUGGUGGCCUUCGCGUCGCGCGCUCUCACGCAACAUGAAUUGAACUAUAGUCAAAUUCACAAAGAGGCUUUAGCGAUAGUUUAUGCAGUUGAGAAAUUUCAUAAUUAUCUUUAUGGCAGAAAAUUCGUGCUCCGAACGGACCAUAAGCCUCUUGUCAGUAUUUUCGGUCCCAACAUAGGUAUUCCAAACGCAGCAGCAAGCAGACUGCAACGCUGGGCUAUAAAAUUAUCUGCUUAUGACUUUACAAUUGAGUAUGUUAGAACCGACAAAAACACGGCGGAUGUGCUAUCACGUUUAAUUAAAUCUCAGAAAAAUGAAGUUACAUCUUUAGAGGUUGACUUACCGGAGCAGACAUACCUACAUUUUUCUUCAGAAGCUCUGCUAUUAGACAAUAAUGUUUUAAAGAAGGAGACUAGCCGAGAUCCGAUUUUAUCCCGCGUUUUAAGUUUUAUACUAGACGGUUGGCCAGCAGAGGUCGAAAUAAAAGAAUUAAAACCUUAUUUUAAUAGAAGGAAAGAACUGUAUUCAGAACUGGGCUGUAUCAUGUGGGGCCAUCGCGUAGUUAUACCAUCUACUUGCAGAAACAAAGUAAUAGCGGAGCUCCAUGAUUCGCAUAUGGGUAUUGUGAAAACGAAAUCGUUAGCCCGUAGCUAUGCUUGGUGGCCGGGGAUCGACGAGGCGGUGGAGGCGGAGUGCCGCGCGUGCACGGUGUGCGCCGCCACCGCCGACGCGCCGCCGGGGCAGGCGCCCCGUUCGUGGCCUUGGCCUUCACGCCCUUGGUCAAGGCUCCAUUUAGAUUUUCUAGGUCCCAUAGGCGGACUAACUUAUUUAGUGGUGGUAGAUUCAUGCUCGAAAUGGAUAGAAGCAAUAAGAAUGAAAAAGACAACAGCAGGUGAAGUAAUAUCAGUACUCAGGGAUCUGUGGUCGAGGUUUGGCCUUCCUAGGCAGACGGUUAGCGAUAAUGGGCCCCCGUUUACGAGUUCCGAAUUUAGGAAUUUUUUAAGUCACAAUGGUAUUGAACACAUUUUCUCAGCGCCUUACCAUCCGGCCUCCAAUGGUGCUGCGGAAAAUGCGGUUAAAACCUGCAAAAGGGUGAUUAAAAAAGCAUUUAAACUAAAAUUGGACGUACAAACGGCAUUGAGUAGAUUUCUUUUAGCGUAUAGAAAUACAGAACACUGUACUACCGGUGAUAGUCCAGCAAAAAUUUUACAAGGGCGUAGUUUACGUAUGAGACUAGAUAAUCUAAAACCGGAAAGAGCUUCUCGAGUCGCGGCGCAGCAGGCUCGCAGUGAACGGGCCGCGGGCGGGGCGCGGCGCCAGCUUCAGCCCGGCGCGCUGGUGUGGUACCGAGAGUACAGGGGCUCGGACAAAUGGGCAGCCGGGACAAUCGUCAAAGAAUUGGGAAACAGCGAUUACUGUGUAAGAUCAACUUUUGGAACUGAGAUGCACAGGCACAUCGAUCAACUCAAACUAAGAACGACAAAAAGUGACCUUAAAAUUACUAAUAAAGUACCUUUAGAUGCCCUAAAACAAAAAUUAGAAAUUAAUAAACAGUCUCGUUUGUCUCUGGCAGCGUCUAUGACCGGUGGUGAGGAGUCAGAUAAGGGUGAAUGCGCGGCAACGCUGCCACCUACGGAUAUGAAUCGCUCGCCCCUGAGAAACAUUGAUCACACAGCAUCAGAUUCAGUGGCACGAGAGGCCAGCGAUUCUACAGCCGUAGCCUCCGUGUGCGAGCCUAGUGUGUUGGAGGAAAGGGAAGAUAAUAAUAUUAACAAAAUACCACUUAACCGCCCUAUACGAAGUCGUAAACCACCAGUUAGGUUUGGGUUUGAAGAAAUAGAUUAAAAAUAAUAUUUGUAACAAGCUUUUGCCCGCUGCUUCACCCGCGUGAAAUUUGGUUUGUCACGGAUCGUCAUAAAUUAUAUACUGUAUAAUUGCCUAUAUGUUACUGGGUUAUAAACAAUAAUACUGUAGAGUUUCAUCAAGAUCCGUUCAGUAAUUUAGCGUGAAAGGGUAACAAACAUCCAGACAUCCGAACAUCCAAAUUUUCGCAUUUAUAAUAUUAUUAUUACGAUAGGAUUAAGAUAUAGGAUUCCAUUCAUAGUACCUAUGGUAUUUAAACUGUAGUACAAGUUA